AUGUCCUCUUCUGAGACCCCCAUCGACUACAGCCUCGAGUUUGAGCGCGACGCUGAUGGCAACCCUGUGAGAAACCAAUUCACAGGCUAUCAGAUGACGGCUCGUGCCAGAGCCUGCCGCCGACAGAACUUCAUCGAAGCCACGAAACACCGAACACCUACUGCCCAACUCCCGGACGACUGCAAUGUCAGCCGAAACGAGGAUGCCGAUAUCCUGCACUUUGGCUUCGCACUCAGUGUCGAGCAGAUUAUGCGCUACGCCGAAAAACACGACCUCUUCCUGAAGCCCCGGCCCCUCGAUCCAGACCUCCUGUACAUCUCCGCCAUACCUGGCAUUCGCUUGCACCUGGCGAAAAUGUGUAAUGCGAUGCUGUUCUACCAUAUGCCAUUCACCGUGACCGGCCAAACGUCUAUGCUCGCACUGUAUUCCAACUACACGAUGGAAAGGUACCAGCUGUGCGAACAGGACGAGAAGGAGGUGAUCGAGAUCCUCCAGAAGGAGCUGGGAAUUGUCGAGGACCCGAUGUGGUACUGGGACAGAUGCCACAAUCCUUGGUGA